AUGAUCCUCUUCUGUUGCUGUCAUAUGGCAGAACUGGUCGUUGAAAAGGCAGACACUUUCCUCCAACAGCAGGUCUUUAGCUGUUGCACAAUCCAGAUCAGUCACCCCACGACUCGAUUUGUACGUACAUACAGUACACCAUCUUCCAGUGACAACAACAUUCCAUCCGCUUGCACGUUGCUCAAGCCGGGCCGAGCCGGCCGAGCCUUUUGGCACCCGACUGCACGUUUACAUGCCGUAACCGCCUGUCUCCGAGUCUCUGGCUUCUCGACACCCGGUCUCUCUCCCUUCAAAAGGGCGCACACGCCAGCCGACACGUUGCCGCGGGAGGCCUGUGUGCGAGAAGCCUCCCGCUUCGACCACUUUGUUGAGCGACCUAGCAUCCGCGCCGGUCUCCGUAGCGAAGGCGGCACUGCCCCACCCGGAUUGCCACCCGCCUACGAGGAGGUGGAUAUCGAAGACACUCGUCUGCCAGACUCCCCAACGCUGGCACCAGUAUUCAACAGGAACAUCCCUGCAGAGCCCAGCCCACUUUUCAAUGCAUACAAUUGGUGUUCCAUACGACUCAUCGAGCCACGGUUUGACGCAAACUCAACACGCCAAGCCACAUGGCCUGCCCAUGUUCCCCUAUUUUCGCAACCUUCCAUUCUGCACCAAGUUAACAACCCAACCCCUGCCGCGAAGCUCAACUCCACUCCCGCUCAGGUGAAUGCCGCUACAGGCAGCACAUGUGCCACUGCCCCACCCCCGGUCAACCUCCCGGCCAACCUCCCUGUAACUCCUGGCCCCCGAUGUAUCGUCUUCCUUUGUGUCUUCCUCCCACCUCACCUUCCCUCACCCAUUCUCCCUCCUCUUCUUGUCAUCUUGGGGACUGUCGCUCUCAACAACGUCUCUUCUUCUUUCUCCUGUUCACAGUCUCAUUUUUAUCUCUUAUCCACCCGUCCUCCCGUUCGUCUUGCUCGUUUUUGUCCUUUGGCAACCACCUCGACUCUUUUCCUUGUUGAACAACCAUCACCACCCCCUCCCACCCUCUCCUUCGCCCUCUGGGGUCGCAUCAAGCUUCUGCCGCCCAUACCUGGAGGAACCAUGGAAGUCACGGGCGUUGUAAACCGGCAGACGGGCGUCCACAGCGCUUCUGCCCCAAGUCCCUUGUCAAUCAACGUGCAGGUCACCGCCACGUAUAACUCGGGGAGUGCCGUCCUCGAUAUCCUGGUCGACGUUGUUUCCCAGCACGGAUUCCAGCUAAUUCGUGUCCGUCCUGCCGCGGACGCUAAUGGAGCACCCCCAGUGGGGGGUCCCGAGCUGGAGGACUUGACUUACGACCUGUGCAUGCUUACCAUUGUCGACGAGACCACCCCUUGCAAGAGGCCCUCUCCUUCCCUCGGCGAUGGGCCAUCCACCGUGGCGCCAGCUCUGCGCCACCGUCCAACGGCGAACGCGCUCGUCAAGCCUCCUUUCGCCCGGCGUCGCACGGGCCAGCAGCUGCAGGAAAUGACACGAAAGCGCCGCCAAAUGCUUGGUGCGCUGUACCGCGCGGACGUCGAGGCAAGGGAGUCGGCAAGUCGCCUUGCUUUCCACCAGUUCCUUUUGUCCAACGUCUCCGACCCGGAACCUAACCCGCUGGUGGCGCGCCCACCCCCCGUCUCCAGCGGUCACGAAUCUGUCCCCUCUCGCCUCCCACGCCACCGCGCAGAGUCCCGCUUCCAACACUUUGCUCAACAACGUCGCGUGCGCGCCGGCAUUCGCAACCGAGGCGACAUCCACCCACCCCCUUACGACAAGGACUCCCAAGACGCUAUUCCGCACUCCCCAACCGUGCCCGAUUAUGCCGACCUUGCUCCAGUCUCUGAUCGCCACAUUCCUUCCCCCAUGCCCACCGUACAACGCGUCAUUGCGCCAAGGUUCGACCUUGGCCAAGCCCCACCAGCUUCAUGGCCCGCCCAGGGCCAUUCACCAUGUCGGCCCACCUCGUCCCCUUCAUCUCCUCGAGGGUCCUCCCCGGGAAAGGCGUCCAGCACGUCCCUUGCUCUCGGCACCAGCAUCAACGGUAUGAUCACGCCCCCUUCUACGUCCUCGAACCUCUCCAGUGCGCUCCUCGUUUUGCAGGAGUACGAGUCGGACGAGGACGACAACGGCGCCGACGACGAGGCCGACGACGACGGCGCCGGCUACGAGUCCGAUGCCUCGGCUACCUCUUCCCACAACCAGGCCGCCGACGACGACGGCGCGGGCCACGAGUCGGACGCGACUUCAUCAACCAUCCACUACACGGAGGCGCAGAUCCCGUUCAUCUGGGUUAUCAACUGCGCCUGCCUCCCCGCUGUCGUCGCCAUGAAUGUCACCCCCGAGGGAAGUGCCAAUGUCCCCGCCGUCGAGGCGGUGAUUGCCAACAUGACCUCCAUGGCCAUUACCCAAGUUGCCAGCCCCGGCGAGGGCAAGCCCGGCGAGCAGCACGAUGCGAAUGCUGUCGCCCAGCACCAGCAACCCGACACGAGCAAGCUUGCGAACCCAAGCCCAAGGAUGUGGCCGACUCCCCCGCGGCUACCAAGCCACAUCACGCAGGCCGCGGAGACCAAGGCCCAAGUCAACAUCGAGGCUAGUACGGCUGAAGAUUCCAAGGAGCAGUCCGAGCCCCUCGAGACCGCGCCAGACCACACCCUCAUUAAUACAUCUUUCAACAAGGCCCACACCCCCAUCGCUCCUACCAUCCGCCGCUUCAAGCGGCGCCUUGAGGAGGUGUAG